AUGGCCACACGCCCGCCCGAGACCGGCACGCCCGAGGAGCCCGUUGUCACCAAGUACACCGCGCCAACGCUGGCCAGCAUCACCGAGUCGCUGUCCCUGCUCGGGCUCAGCCCCGAGACGCUCGCGAUGAGCUUCGGCGAGACGCUAGCCGACCGCUACCUGGCCGCGUUGCGCCCCAAGCCUGCGCCGGCGCCCGUGGAGCGGCCGUCGCUCGGCGGCUGCGGCGCCCCCCGCCGCACGCCGCUCGCCGACCCCUCGCAACUCCAACUCUUCUCCAGCGACUUCAUCGACUACUUAAACCAGAUCGCGUAACUCCUCCGUGUCUGUAUAACUCUUUCGUGUUACGGUGUGAUCCUCACAGACUCUUCAUAACGCGUCUAGUGACAGACGCUAGGAAUAAUUUCUGUUAAAUUAAGUUGGUAUUAUUGGAAAUAAUUUAUAUUAUAUGUCGGUUUAGAUCGUA